AUGUCGCACACAUCUAUUGGUGGUUACCACCUGGGCAAGCUUCUUAUUGAGGGCAAGACGAAGAAGGUGUACGACCUGCCAGAUCAUCCAGGUCUUUGCCUGCUGCUCAACAAGGACCGCAUCACAGCCUUCGAUGGACAGAAGGCCCAUGAACUGCAGGGCAAGGCGGCCAUCUCCAACACAACCAAUGGACUCGUUUUCCGUCUACUCAACGAGGCGGGAAUUCGUACCGCUUACGUGGAUCAGUGUGGGGAAAAGGCCUUCACAGCGCGCAAAUGCCAGAUGAUACCAAUUGAGUGGGUGACGCGGCGCUUGGCCACUGGGUCCUUCAUCAAGCUGAAUCCCGAAGUGCCCGAGGGCUAUUUAUUUGCCCCGCCAAAGCAGGAGACCUGCUUCAAGGACGACGCCAGUCACGAUCCCCUGUGGUGUGACGAACAAAUCAUCUCCUCCAAGUUCCAAUGCAAUGGUCUACUAAUUGGUUUUGAUGAAAUUCAGAUAAUGAGACGCACAUCCCUCGUGGUCUUUGAGAUUCUCGAAAGAGCUUGGAAAACGAAGAACUGCGUUCUGGUUGACAUGAAAGUUGAGUUCGGCGUGGACGAGGAGGGGAACAUACUACUUGCGGACAUUAUAGACUCGGAUACGUGGCGCAUUUGGCCAGCUGGUGACAAGCGGCUCAUGGUGGACAAAACGGUCUAUAUUAAUCUGACUGCCGUAAGGGAUAGUGACUUGGGGAAUAUAAAGCGAAAUUACUCCUGGGUGGUGGAGCAACUAACCUCCUUGGUCCCGCCCAAGGAUCAUUUGGUGGUGCUAAUGAGCAGUGAAUUGGACACUUUUCAAGGCACAAAGAUCUCCGCCUUUUGCCAAUCAUUGGGCUUGAAUGUGGAGCUCCGAGGGAGUUGCGCUCUUAGGGAUCCUGAGGACACGCUGCGCAUUGUGCGGGAGUACGAAGCGACGAUAGGCAGCCUGGUUUUUGUGGCCCUCGCUGGUGGAUCAAAUGAACUGGGAAGCCUGCUUUCGUCCAACACAUCUUGUCCAGUGAUCAAUUGUGUAGCAAACCGCAUGGAAAUCGAAAUGUGGUCCAGAUUGAACCCUGACUCCGGCCUUGGUGGUGCCACAGUCCUCCACCCGGAGGCAGCUGCCCUACAUGCAGCCUCAAUUCUGGGACUGAACAACUUCAUGGUGUGGUCCAAGUUGCGCGUCAAUAGGUUAAACAAUAUUAUCGCCCUCAAAAAAUCUGAGAAGAGCCAUUAGAUCAUCUACUAUCGAACCCUGGAGCAACAUAAUCUGCUUUUAUAAAAUGUAUGUAUUAGUGAUCGGGAUUGAAACAGUUUUUAGUCACCAUAAAAUUAUGGCUCAAAAUAUUACCAAAUUUUAAAAUGCAUAUUUUAAAAUUCCCACGCAACAAAGGACCAUACGAACCAGAAAGGAUGCUACGGUAGCUAUGGGUUUUCAUUUUCCGAUUAAAAACUUUUUAAAAACUUUAUAAAAGGUACAAUAACCCAGAGAAGAAAAGAACAUGUCCAUAUUAAAUAACAAAAAAA